CGCAUCCCACACGUUUCCGCUUUCUUUCUGCAGGAGGAGCCGUUGGCUGCUGGGUUAGGGGGCGCGGUGGAUAUUAACCUUUGCCCCAGCCUCGUAACCCGUUUCCGGCUUCAGAGCCUCCAGCGAGAUGUUACUGUUUCUGCUGCUACUGCCCAUGAGUUGGGCCGUGGAGGUCAAGCGGCCCCGGGGCGUCUCCCUCACCAAUCAUCACUUCUACGACGAGUCCAAGCCUUUCACGUGCCUGGAUGGCUCCGCCAGUAUUCCUUUUGAUCAGGUUAAUGAUGACUACUGUGACUGCAAGGAUGGCUCAGAUGAACCAGGCACAGCUGCUUGUCCCAAUGGCAGCUUCCACUGCAGCAACACUGGCUACAAGCCCCUGUACAUCUCCUCCAGAUGGGUCAAUGAUGGAGUUUGUGACUGCUGUGAUGGGACAGACGAAUACAACAGUGGGAUCGUCUGUGAGAACACCUGCAAAGAAAAGGGCCGUAAGGAGAGAGAGACCCUGCAGCAGAUGGCGGAGGUGACCCGAGAGGGCUUCCGCCUGAAGAAGAUCCUGAUUGAGGACUGGAAAAAGGCCCGAGAGGAGAAGCAGAAAAAGCUCAUUGAGCUACAAGCUGGAAAGAAGUCACUGGAGGACCAGGUGGAGAUGCUGCGGGCAGUGAAGGAGGAGGCUGAGAAGCCAGAGAAGGAGGCCAAAGACCAGCACCGGAAGCUGUGGGAAGAGCAGCAGGCCGCCUCCAAGGCCCAGCGGGAGCAGGAGCUGGCAGCCAACGCCUUCCAGGAGCUGGAUGAUGACAUGGAUGGAGUGGUCUCAGUGGCCGAGCUGCAGACCCACCCAGAGCUGGACACGGACGGGGACGGGGCACUAUCAGAAGGGGAAGCCCAGACCCUUCUCGGGGGAGACUCCCAGACGGAUGCUGAUUCCUUCUAUGACCGCAUCUGGGCUGCCAUCAGGGACAAGUACCGGUCUGAGGUUCCACCCACCGACGUGCCAUCGCCGUCUGCACCUGACUUGACGGAGCCCAAGGAGGAGCAGCCCCCGGUACCCUCACCACCCACAGAGGAGGAGGACGAGGACCAGGACGAGGAGGAAGAAGAGACAGAGGAGGAGGAAGAGGAAGAGGAGGAAGAGGAUUCCCAGGUGCAGGGGGAGCAGCCCAAGGAGGCCCCACCCCCACUUGUGACACCCCAGACGGUCAGCCCCACCGAGGAGGACAAAAUGCCACCCUAUGACGAGCAGACGCAGGCCUUCAUCGAUGCCGCCCAGGAGGCUCGCAACAAGUUCGAGGAGGCUGAGCGGUCCUUGAGGGACAUGGAGGAGUCCAUCAGGAAUCUGGAGCAGGAGAUUUCCUUUGAUUUUGGCCCCGACGGGGAGUUUGCCUACCUGUACAGCCAGUGCUACGAGCUCACCACCAAUGAGUAUGUCUACCGGCUCUGCCCCUUCAAGCAUGUCUCACAGAAACCCAAGCUUGGCGGCUCCCCCACUAGCCUCGGCACCUGGGGCUCGUGGGCCGGCCCCGACCAUGACAAGUUCAGCGCCAUGAAGUAUGAACAGGGCACGGGCUGUUGGCAGGGCCCUAAUCGCUCCACCACUGUGCGCCUGCUGUGUGGGAGGGAGACGGUGGUGACCAGCACCACGGAGCCCAGCCGCUGCGAGUACCUCAUGGAGCUGACGACGCCGGCCGCCUGCCCAGAGCCACCGCCUGAACCACCCACUGAGGGCGACCAUGAUGAGCUCUAGCCCUGCCCCGCCCCAUGCAGAGAACCUCAAGACGUGGAACCAGCCCUCAGUGGUGUGGCCCACCUGCCCCUCAGUCUGUGGACCAAGGCCUGCCCCUCUGGGUCUCCUUGCUCUCUCCAAGGAGCAAGAACCCAGUGGGGCUCCCUGCCCUGCUCUUGGGGGGGUGGAGGGGGGGGUGGGGACCAGACGGGGUAGAACCAUGUUCCCAGGCCCCGGCCACUUCCACAGAUAGAAUAAAGGAACCUGCCUGCCCUGGGCCCCCACCCUGGUGGCCCACGCCCACCCCGCCCUGUCCCCCACCCAGGGCAUUUGCCUCCCCUUCUGGUGGGGAAGAGUGACUUGACCUGUGACCUCCAAAUAAUAAACGUGAAUCCCCCAACUCA